AUGUUCUUCGUUUGUGACAGCACAGGGGCCCAGGUGCAGGUGGCCGGAGACAUGCUUCCUGAGUCGACAGAGAGAGCGGUCACCAUCUCCGGGACGCCCCAGGCCAUCACCCAGUGUGUGCGUCACAUCUGCUCCGUCAUGCUCGAGUCUCCUCCAAAAGGUGCCACCAUCCCGUACAGGCCCAAAGCGAUGUCCGCCGGAGCGCACGCCGUGCUCGCCCCGCAGCACGCCGCUCAGGCCUUCGCCAUCCCUGGACAAUACGCGUUCGCUCACCAAGACUUCACCAAGCUUCAGCAGUUGGCCUUGCAGCACCUCCCCCUCCCCCCCCUUGGGCAGAGUCACCCCACCUUCCCCGGCCUGGAUGCGUCCGCCUCCACCAGUUCACAGGAGCUGUCCAUCCCCAACGAUUUCAUCGGCUGCAUAAUCGGACGCCAGGGCAGCAAAAUAAACGAGAUCCGGCAGGCCUCGGGGGCUCACAUCAAAAUCGCCAGCGCCGCGGACGGCUCCAGCACGCGCCAAGUCACCAUCACGGGGACUCCGGCGAGCAUCAGCCUGGCGCAGUACCUCAUCUCCGCCAGUUUGGAAAUGGCCAAAUACACCAUGGCGGCCGCUUCCUCCGCCGCCCCGGUCGACCUGAACAUGACCUUCGCCCCCUCGUCCUCCUCCUCCUCCUCGUCCCCGGGCUCCUCCUCCUCCGUCCUGGCGUCGGCUCCGCCCGGCUCCUCGCUCCAGGGGGCCCUCGCCGGCCCCCACUACGCCGCCCUGCCCAUGUCCUCCCUCCUGGGCAUGAAGACUGUCCCGGUCCUGGCCAUGCACCCGUCCGCGGCCACGGCGCUCGCCCAGGGCCUGGCGCCGGGUCUGGCUCCGGGUCUGACUCCGUACGCCGCCAAGAUGCCCACGAGCGGAGGCAAGAAGUCCGACAGGCAGAAGUUUGCUCCGUACUGA